AUGGGCAACCAAGCCAGCACCCAGAGCCAACAACCACAACACAGCAACCCCAACCAUAACAUGGGCAACCAAGCCAGCACCCAGAACCAACAGCCACAACCACAACACAACCUGGGCAACCAAGCCAGCACCCAGCAGUGGCACGACGACCCCAUGGACUGGGAGUUCUGCGAGGCCCCUUUCCUCUCGAAAAACCACCAGUCAAUCUGCUGCUGGCUGAGCUUCAGCCACCUCCGGUACCCCUUGCUCCCGGACCCGGAGUGGGAGCACUUCUCGUGGCCCGGCGACUCCCAGUACCCGGAUCCGCCCAGCCCCUUCUGGGGCGGGAAGACGGCAGCGGAGAUGCAGCUGGCGCAAGACUUCGCCGAGAUGUUUGCGGAGCGGGAUGCAGAGGAUGCGGCGGCGGCAGCGGCGGCGGAGGCGGCGGCGGCGGCAGAUGCGGAGGCAGAGGUGAAGAUGCAGGUGGAUAUGGAUGAUAUGGACAAUGGAAUCUUGUAA